AUGCGUUACCUCAGAGGAAGCCCCAAGACUCCCUACCCAAAGCGUUACCUCAGAGGAAGCCCCAAGACUCCCUACCCAAAGCGUUACCUCAGAGGAAGCCCAGAGACUCCCUACCCAAAGCGUUACCUCAGAGGAAGCCCCGAGACUCUCUACCCAAAGCGUUACCUCAGAGGAAGCCCCGAGACUCCCUACCCAAAGCGUUACCUCAGAGGAAGCCCCGAGACUCCCUACCCGUGUGCGGAAGCUUCCGGUGGUGGCGGAGGUGGACCGAAAGGAAAACGUUCGGAAGCUGAAUUCAGCAAAUGUGAUAAUGUUACCCAGGACAGAAUAUGGAAACAAGCCGUUGGAAAGGAGGAAAUGUGUCUCAAAAAUUGGAAUGAAAACUGGGGAUUUCUGACAGAGUUUGAUUCCAAGGGAAAUCGUAAAGAACCGGAACCUUUACCAGAAAAGAUCAGCAUAUUUUCGGAUGAUGUACCAAAUACCAAUUCCGGAAAUUAUGGGUCAAAGGUCAAUUCGGAAGUCGGCGUUACAAUGCAACAACUAGAAUUCCAAUUUUACAGUGGAAAACGGAGGAAGAAGAUGGGCAAUGAUCUAGUGUGUUAUUAGUUAGGCAAUAAGACAAUGUAAACCCAUAUAUAGACGGGGUUUGCUUAAGACCGCCGCCAUUUUAUUACAAGGUA